UGGGGGCCGGGCCCCGCCGGAGUCGCCCGGGAAGGGGGUCCGGAGAAGGCGGGGGCACGCCCGCGAGCCGAGGGCCCCUUGGCCUCACUACCGCUGCUGGCCGCCCCGGAGCCGCGCUGCCGCACGCAUGGCCCGCCGCGGGGCCGAGUUCUGGUCCCCGCCUUUCCUAGCCUCUGGCUCCUCGGCGCUAUUGUCCAGGCCCGGGGAGCCCUGCCGCCCCAAUCGGGGCGCGCAGCGCUUCGCAGCUUCCCGCCCCGCCGCGCUAGGAACUCGGGGCGCCGGUCACUGCCCUGCUCCCGCCUCCGCCAUGAUCUCAGCCAAGCCGCUUCCCGCGCCGCCGCCGCCUCCUCAAGCCGCCGCCGCCAUGUUUUCCUUCCUUAUACCUGGCCCUGCCACCGCAGCCGGAGGUUGUGCUCCGCUCGUCUGCUUCAAAUGUCCGAAGCUGACGGGCGCCAGGUCCCGCUGCAACUGCUACCACUGCGCGGAAGACUCCGAGAGCUCCCAAGCACACGAGCGCUUCUGGCUACUGGGAGCCCCUAUCCCUCCGCCGCCGCCGCCGCCGCCUCUUCCGUCUUCCUCACCGAGCCAAAGCCGCCGCCAUCUUGGUUCGCCCCUCAAUAGUGGCGCGCGGGGCCACCCAGGCAGCGGCUGCAGGGGCGGCCCGUUGGCCCCACCAUUUAAAGAGACAGGAACGAAGCUCGCAUUCAGAUUUCCAACUAACACCUGAAUAAAUGUUACAGACAACACAUUGGCAACUGCUGUGGAACCAAGAACUAUUUACAUUAACCUGAAAUAGGAAUAGAACACUACUACUUCCAAAUUCCACUUACAAACCAGAGAGGUUGAUGUGAAUGAUGGAAAAAGCACGUGCUUCUGAGCAGGUUGAUCUGAUAUUGGACCCCACGUCUGAGGUCAGGGGUGGCGGCUGAGAGGAGUACCCCCACGUCCAAGGAGUGGUGGCUGCGUGGGCGCAGGAGGGCCGAGAAGAGCU